CGUAAAGCAUAGUUGGCUGUGACGUCACUGUUUUCAAGUAAUUGUCGUAAAAACUACUAGUUGCUCAAAGACAAACCAGAUCACGAGUAGAGCGUCUUUAUAUCAAGUCCUGAGGAUAUAUACGAAACGCCUUAAGGUCUUCACUGUUUCAGCUGAACACAUGCAGAACAUUCCCAGGAAACAAACUUCCAAGGGAGAACUUCCGGUAGGGGAUAAGGUUGAACUUCAGGAAAUGCAAGGUCCGCUGAUCGUAGAAAAUGGCAGCAUACAGACUUACGGUACAACCAACGUGGCCUUCGAGUCCGACGUCAGCCCACUGUCGACGGGACCAGUCACCAUGGAUAUGGUUUCUAUGGUCGAAAAAGAAGAGUUCAAACCAGAGGAGCCAGAACAAAGAGAAUCAUGGGAUAGCAAGAUCCAAUUUAUCUUAGCAACUAUUGGUUAUGCUGUUGGUCUUGGUAAUGUGUGGAGAUUUCCUUAUCUAGCUCAAAAGAAUGGUGGAGGGGCGUUUCUCAUCCCUUAUCUUAUCAUGCUGGCUGUUGAAGGUAUCCCACUGUUUUUUCUCGAACUGGCUGUUGGUCAGAGACUCCGUAAGGGAGCCAUCGGUGCUUGGAACCUGGUGUCUCCGUUUAUGGGAGGAAUUGGGAUAACGAGUGCUGUUGUGUCGUUUAACGUAGCUCUCUACUACAACACUAUCAUCGGCUGGUGUCUCUUCUAUUUGGGCAACAGCUUUCAGUCACCACUUCCUUGGUCAGAAUGCAGUAGAGCCUCAGAUUCUCGAACAUUCUGAUUUUAAUCUGUUAACUUUCAGAAAAGUAGUCCAACCCAAUACUUCUGGUAUCGAGAGACUUUGGACAUUUCGGAAAGUCUAGAAAUAACUGGUAGUUUCAACUGGAGAAUCGCUCUGUGUCUUUUGGUAGCUUGGAUUUUGUGCUACCUCUGUAUGAUCAAGGGUAUAGCAUCCUCCGGAAAGGUAGUUUAUGUUACGGCUACCUUUCCUUACUUAGUUCUAGUCAUUUUCUUCUUCCGUGGAAUUACUUUAGAAGGAAUGGAGGAUGGUAUUAAACAUCUCUUCACUCCAGAUUGGGGGAAGCUCGCCGAUCCUGUUGUUUGGUUGGAAGCUGGAACACAAAUCUUCUUCUCAUUAGGCUUAGCUUUUGGAGGCCUAAUAGCUUUCUCUUCGUAUAACCCUGUUCAUAACAACUGUUAUCGAGAUGCUAUUAUCGUGUCAGCAUGUAAUGCAAUAACUUCCUUGUUUGCAGGACUGGUUGUGUUUUCAAUUUUGGGUUUCAAAGCUCACAAAGUACACGAGCGCUGCGUACAGGAGCGUUAUGACCUCCUAAGUCCGUUCUUCAACUCGUCAGUGAUUCCUUCGACACUAACCGUAGAAGAAGUAGCAAAGCUUCUGAAUAAUUCAGACAACUUUCUUCCGUUCGACUUUCCUGAGUGCGACCUGAAGAAGGAACUGGAAAAGAGUGCGUCUGGAACAGGGUUAGCUUUCAUUGCAUUUACAGAGGCUGUGAACCAAUUUCCUGCCGCCCCCUUGUGGUCUGUUCUCUUCUUCUUAAUGCUCUUUACUCUUGGCAUCGACUCUCAGUUUGGAACGCUAGAGGGCGUUAUCACGUCUAUUGUUGACCUGAAACUCUUCCCGAACCUACGUAAAGAACUUCUGACAGGCAUAAUCUGUUUAAUUUCUUUCGUAUUAUCCAUGAUCUUCGCGCAUAGUGCGGGGAAUUACGUCUUUACCUUGUACGACGACUUCAGCGGCAACUUUCCUUUACUGAUUGUAGCGUUUUUUGAAUGCAUCGGUAUUUCAUAUGUCUACGGACUCAAAAGGUUCAGUGAUGACCUGGAGCUGAUGAUAGGUAAACGGCCAAGCUAUUAUUGGCUGUUUUGUUGGAAAUAUAUUGCUCCGGCUACCAUGCUGACAAUCUUAGUUUCCAGUUUUGUUAAAAUUGCACAGGAAGGUUGUGGCUAUGAGGCUUGGGACAGUAAAUUGGCCACCCCUUUCUACAAGGAAUGGCCCCACUGGGCAAAUGCACUGAUAGCAAUCUUGAUUUUGAUGGCAGCCAUCUGGAUUCCUCUGGUAGCCUUCCUGAAAACUCUUGGUAUCCGGAUUCUUCAGGAUGAAGAACCAGCCUGGUUUCCAGCAGAAGAGCUUCGUGAUUUCUAUGGAAUUAUUCCACACAAAGUGACCACAGUAGAGAGGUGGGUCUUCUGCCUGAGCGAGGAGGACGAGAUGAUGGAAGAUAUGUGAUGUCGUAGUCAAGAUGGAAGGUCAAGUAGUUAAUUAUUCUCUUCAUCAGCAGUACUUCUAUUGGCCAGUGCAGUUCAUUAGCCACCAUCAGUGUGUCAACAUGUACUGAAAACGAAGUUACGUAAUAAAUACCAGCAUUAAUACUUAAUAAGUUACAAUGUAGAACCAGGAACUGCACUGUUCUAAAUCCUUAUUUUGUUGUAGAUUCAAAAACUGGAAACUUUUCCAACAAACAGAGCAUCACUUACAACUGAUUUCACAAGACUGGACGUUUUAAAAUUGAAAGAAUAGAGUUUGUCUGAUGAAAUCGAUCGAUAAAUGUAACGAAUUUACUGCCAUUGAGAAUGGGCGACUAAACAUUGAUAGCAUUAAGAAAUCAUGCAGGAUUUAAAAAAAAGGUAGAUAAAUCCCAGUAAAAAAAAAAUUAAUAAUGAUAUCUAGGAAGCUUUCGGAAGGUAGACUUUCUUUGUUCGGGAGGAAUUAGGAAUGCGCCUGUAUUCAGAUAUGGCGAACAUACAGUGGCAUCACAAAUCUAAGUCAUCGUCAAAAGUAGAAUAUCGUUCUGGUAGUUCAUUAAAGUCUGAAUCACUAUCAAAGCUUUUUCAGAAAAAAUUAGAUAUUAUUUCGGCAAUUGUUGUAAAUGUGGAUUUCGUAAAGUGGCAAAAGUGAAAAUAAAUAGUAGUUUAUCCCGUCUUGGUUGACAUAAAAUGUCUUUCUUUCAAAUAAAAUGUAUGUUAGUGUUGAUAGGCAUCACUAAGAAAACGGGAAGCUGAAAUUAUUUUCAACACGUACUAUCUUUGUUAUUCUUAAAUGUCCUCAUCUUAAGGACUUUCGAAAAAAACGAGUUAAAUAAAAAUAAUCAAAAUAGAAUUCAAAGGUUGAGAAAAAUUAUUAUAAACUUACUCCUUGACAAAUCCUGUAAUUCGGUUAAAAGUAGAAUUCUAUGUUAGGGUUAACGAUGAUAAUGAAUAGAAUUUCGUAUUUAAUCUAAGUUGAUGUUAUCGACAGUAGUUGGCCUUAGUCUCUUCUGGAAAAUAAUGUCCUCUUUUGUGCGUAAUAUUCGUAUGUUCUCACUUGUAGAGACUAUUUGCAACUGACAUCACGUGAGUCUAUUGGUUCGCAGUAGUGGACAUUAAAAAUAAAAAAGUUAAAUCAUAUACUAGGCAUUUUAAGGACUGUGUGAAUGAAAGGUUAAAAGGCUGUGUUAAACAUAUACCUAGUUUAUCAUAGAUUUUGCAGUUUUAAGUUAAAUUGUGUUUGUUUCGUAGAUUUUUUUAGUGUUUAUUCUUAAGGUUAUUGUAAUUAGUGCAUAAGGUGAAAUUUUUAAAAUCAUUUAACUUGAGCAUUUCAUUUUCACAAAAAGUGUUCUAAUGCUCAUAUACAUAUAGCGAAGUGUGAAAACAAAUAAUUUUAACCUUCACGUUUCAACAGUGCAGUUCAAUGUCUUUUUUUAUUUCUUUAAUAUAAACAAUCUGUCUGGUAACUUUGUGUUUAACUAAUCAUCCAGUUCCUGUAAAUCAUACGAUUUAACUAUAACUAUAAGCUCCUGGAGUCUUACCGAGUCAUAUAACAUGUGUAAAUAUAUAUUUACCGAUCAAGUAGGUGUUGCUUGAAUCCCUGUACUAGAGACGAUAUUGUUGAUAUAAAUUUUCAGUAAUAACUCGAAAUAUUAUGUACUAAAAGCAAUUUAUUCUUCUGUCCAUACCUGUUUACUAAUAACCGUUACUCAAUAAAUGAAAAAGCAAUAUUAAUUACAUAAAUAGUUUAUGUGAACUGCAGCCGACAAAUAUCAUGUUAAUAGGUCAUUACAAGUCCUAAUUUAGCAGUGAAAGACUAGAGGGAAGGUAGUUAGUCAUCACCACCCACCGCCAACUCUUGGGUUACUC